AUGUUGUUGCUACAAUUGCUAACGAGUGGCACGCUGCGUGUUUUGCACCUGCUGAGUCAGCUCUUGGGCCUGACUGCCGCCUCCUGGCAGAUGCUCAGCGGGCGUGUGGGCGUGGGUGUGGCGCCUGUCAAGUGCGAGCGGUAUUGGCGCCUGCAUGGCUGCCUGGUGUUGUUGUUUGUGCUCGGCUUCUCGCCGGUCGCCAUGUGGAUGGUGAUCACACGCAUGGAUUUCCUGCGCCAGAAUCACUUGCUGCUCAUGGUCGGCUGCCAUCGAUAUGCGCUGCUGCUGGGCUCAGCUGUGCUCACGCUCUACCGGCACACGAGCCGCCAGUGUCGUCUUAUCGUCUUGGCAAAUAAGCUGCUUUGGUGUUGCCGCCAGCUGUUCGCGCUGCUGCACACGUCCCGGCUGCAGAGCUCCGCCCACCGGCUGCACACGCGUGACCAUUUGACAAUUUACGCCCUGGCCGUCUCCAUAGCCUGCUCCUGCAGCUACACCGUGUUUCUGCUGCGCUUCGAUGUCGAGGCCCAUCGCAGCUCGCUGUUUUUCUGCGCCGUGCUCUUCGUCUACGUCUGCCAGCUCUGUCUCCAGCUGAGCUUGGCACUCUAUUUGCUGGCUCUGCUGCUAAUUAGCCAUCUGUCGCAUCAUUGCAAUCUCCUUCUGGCUCAACUGCUGGCCGAUGCCGUGCACAGCCAUGAGGCUUUGUUUACACGCUGCCUGCCCCAUCGCCAGCGCUUGUUGGACUCGCAGCAGCGCUGGCUCGCGCUGGAGCUGUGGCGUCUGCUGCGCCUGCAUCGCCAGCUGCUGAGGCUCAGCCUGCGGCUCUGCUCGCUCCACAACGUUCAGCUGGUCCUAUUUGUGAUUUUCGUAGCCGUCGAGAGCAUUAUGCAUUCCUUUUUCAGCUACUUUGUGACCUUCAGCAACUGGUGGCUGCGCAAAUUUCAUGAGCCUGCCCCAUGGAAUGUCGAGGCAACGGUCUUCAAUGUAGCUGUCUUCGUCCAGCUGACUCUAGUCAUUGGCCACACGCAUCGACUCCAGCAGAUCUUUCGGAAAACGCGUUACAUAUUCAGUGCGGGCGUGAAGGAUGUGCCCGUAGACUGCAGCAAGGCUCUUAGCCAAACGCUACAUCUCUACGGAUUACAAUUGCAGGUGAACGAACGCGUUUUCCACCUGUUGGCCUGCGGUCUCUUCAAGCUGAACAAUAGCCUCUUAUUUGGCAUAGUGCAAACAAUUAUAAUGUACACAAUAAUACUCAUACAAUUUGAUAAGAUCAUGAACAGAUAGCCGCAAUGAAAAAAUAAUGAUGUUUGCACAGAUCGAGACAUAUUUACAUAUAGAGAUAAAUAUAUACAUCUGAGUACAAUUUAAAACUGAGGCAAAUAUUUGG